UCAUCAUUCUGGCUAAGUAGCCAUGGGGAUUACAAAGAAUAGAGACAUUGAAAAAGCGGAUAACAAAUCCGUUGUAAAGGAUUUGGAGAAACCAUUGAUAGAUGAUAAGAAAAAUGUUGGUGAAAAAGAUCAUAAAGAGUCGCUUUCAAUGGUGCUUUUUAGCACCGCUGUUGCCGUUUGUGGUUCCCUUGAAUUUGGAAUGUGUGUGGGAUUCUCAGCUCCUGCUCAAUCUGCUAUUUGUAACGAUUUGAAUUUAUCAGUUGCUCAGUUUUCUCUUUUUGGGUCGAUAAUAACAAUUGGUGCAAUGAUUGGAUCAGUAACCAGCGGGAGAAUUGCAGACUCAAUUGGUCGAAAAGGGUCCAUGGCGUUAGGAUCAGUUUUUUGUAUAGCAGGAUGGCUUGCAGUGUAUUACGCCAUGGGAUCCGUGUUACUUGAUACGGGCCGAUUCUUCACUGGAUAUGGUAUAGGGAUCUACACUUAUGUGGUUCCUAUAUAUAUCGCGGAAAUAGCACCAAAAGAGCUCCGUGGAGGACUUACCACCCUCAAUCAGCUCAUGAUUGUUACUGGUUCAUCAAUAUCGUUUUUGCUGGGAACAGUUGUUACAUGGAGAACUUUAGGUUUAACCAGUCUUACUCCCAGUGUACUCCUGAUUGCCGGCCUAAUGUUUAUUCCAGAGUCCCCUCGGUGGCUAGCUAAGGAAGGGCGUGACUUAGAAUUUGAUGAUUCUUUGGGCAAACUACGUGGUCCAAAGGCAAACAUUACUGCUGAAGCGGCCGAGAUAAAAGAGACUAUACUUGCUCUUCAAAGUCUGCCUAAAGCUAGAGUAUUGGAUUUGUUUGAUCCGAAAUACAUAAAACCAGUUAUUAUCUCCGUUGGAUUAAUGAUUUGUCAACAAGAUGGAGGAAUCAAUGGGAUAGGAUUCUAUGCAAGCGAAACAUUUCAAUUUGCUGGACUUAAAUCUGGUAAAGCUGGAACCAUUGCUUAUGCCUUGAUUCAGAUUCCUAUAACGAUAGUUGGCGUAAUCUUAAUGGAUAAAGCCGGCAGAAGGAUUCUCCUUCUGAUCUCUGCAAGCGGUUGUAGUCUUGGCUGUUUUCUUACUGGAACUGGAUUUUUCUUCAAGAGCCAAGCCAUUUUCAGUGAAUGGGUAGCAUUUCUCGCUGUCUCGGGUGUUCUGGUAUUCAUAGCAUCGUUUUCAGUUGGGAUGGGUGCAAUACCAUGGUUGAUCAUGUCUGAGAUAUUCCCAUUGCACAUAAAAGGUGCUGCAGGAAGCUUGGUAUGCAUAGUGAAUUGGUUGGGUGCGUGGGUUGUUUCUUACAGUUUCAACUUCCUCAUCAACUGGAGUCCUGAAGGUACGUUUUGGCUGUUUUCGGGAUUUUCUCUUCUUACUAUUGUUUUUGUAGUAAAGUUAGUGCCGGAAACAAAAGGAAAAAGCUUGGAAGAAAUACAGGCCACACUGAACUCGUAAUGAUGGUUAUUUGGCCGAAAAAGAAAGUUGUGGGUAGAUAUUUAAAGAAGUAACAUUGAAUGGGCCCUUCCUGUUGCUUUAGUAUUUUCGAGUUUUGCCUAGUGAAGA